GUUGUUAUGGCAGUUUUCCGAACUUUGGUAAUCAAAUAUCCACUUAGUCAAAGAUUACACCAAAUAUCAACCACCAAAUGCAAGUAUCUCCCAAUUUUUUCGAUUCUCUCUGUAAUCAUCCUUCUCUCAACUCCCAAGUGUUUUCAAUACUCUAUUGAAUACUACGGAACUUGGGUUCCACAUUUAUUAUGUGCUAACUUACCGGAAAACUUCACACAGUCUCUGUAUUUCUUGGUUCAAACGGACAUUUUUAUUAAAGAAGAAAUGUUUGAAAUGUUGACUUUCCUUGACGGAUUUCUGUUUUUUUCUUAUUCCAUCUAUUAUUCUACCUAUAGCUGUUAAUUAUCAAUAUAAAAAAGCUUCUGGAAGUUUUCAUAAAGAUCGAACCGCCAAAUUAGUCACGUUUAUGACAGUUUCUUUUAUGAUCGCAAUGAUUCCAUAUGGUGGAAUACUCAUUAUCUCCUUUAUAGAGUCACAAUCUGCUGGAAUCAGGUACAC